GUUUGAGUCCAUGCUCUCUCCACCGCGACGCACGCGCCUCCCACCCGCACCCCUCGUGGGCAGAAUUAUUGUCCCCCCGUUUCCUCCAUGAUUCCUCGGCCCGCACUUUGCCCCACCCAAAACUGGCUCCCCCCACGCCUCCAUUUCUCUUCUCUUCAACCCCCUUAUUCUUACUUCCUCCUACUUAAACCCCUCGCCACCGCCCCACCUCACCACCUUCCCAUUCUAUAAACUCUUCUUCUCUGAGCCUCAAACUUGCUGCAGAAAGACCCAUCCAUCCCUCCUAUUAAUUCUCCUCUCUUUUUCUGUCAUAUUUUCUCAUUUUUCUUCUCUGUUGCUCAAAAUAAUCCAUCGAUCAAACGAGAUGAGAAUGAUAGACUUGGGCAGCUACGGCGGCCACCUCGGCAUCAUCGACACGUCGACCGCCGUCGACUGCACUAAGGACGUCCGCUUCCGGCGCUCCUUCCGCUCCCUCGUCGAGUGCAUGGUCCCAUGCUGCGGCUUCCAUCCCGCUGCUGACGACUACUCCGACGCCGCCUCCACCACCACCACCACCGUCACCGGUACCUUCUUCGGCUACCGCCGCGGCCGCGUCAGCUUCUGCCUCCACGACGACUCCUCCUCCACCUCGCGAGCCGCCGCCCCCAUCCUCCUCCUCGAAUUCGCCGUCCCCACCGCCUACCUCGCCCGGGAGAUGCAGCACGGCCUGCUCCGGAUCGCGCUCGAGUGCGACCGGGCCCGCGCCCGCUCGGCCUCGCUCUUCCACGUGUCGGCGUGGUCGAUGUACUGCAACGGCCGGAAGGUGGGGUUCGCCGUCCGGCGGCAGAUGAGCGAGGGCGACGCCGCGGUGUUUAAGCUCAUGCAGUCGAUAUCCGUGGGCGCCGGAGUUCUCCCUGGCGAGUCCAAGUCCGGCGACGGAGACCUCAUGUACCUGAGGGCGAGUUUCGAGCGAGUCAUUGGAUCGGUUGACUCGGAGUCGUUUCAUAUGAUAAACCCGGUGGGGAGCACAGGACAGCAGCUGAGUAUUUUUCUCAUAAGAACGUAGGUCCGUCAGCUCCUGGUAGCGCAAAGCAGAAUAUUUUGUACACGCUUUAUCGGCCAGAUGGUUGGGUUAAUCUUGUACUCAUACUGGUGUCUGAUACUUUUAAAUUUUUCCUUUUUUUCCCCCAAUCCAAUAACAUGUUAAAACAUUGGUAACAUGUGACUACCAAAGCAUGUUCAUGCUGCUGUCUCCCAUGCAAUUGCUGCCAACUAGAUAUAUCUUGAUGUCAAUUAUGGAUAUAUGUUUAUUGAAAUUUAGAAAUCAAAAGAUAUGAACCAUAGUCAAGCA